GGCUCAACUGGGCGCUCCGCCGGGUCCUAGUGCCCGCCAUCACCGCGUCUUCAGACUCCCGAGGCCGUGGGCAGCAGCGCUCACUCGCCUGCUUGCGGCUUCCAGUGCCUGGGUGGUCGGCCCGCUGGGUUCGCCUCAGCCGCCUCUUCAGCCCCCCACCCGUCAUGAGAAGUGUGCUUCCCCUGCUGCUUUUCUCCCUAGUUGCCCUUUGCUGGCGCGGGGACUGCCGCACGGCCAAUGCUGAGGAGAAGCUCAUGGAUGACCUUUUGAACAAAACUCGCUACAACAACCUGAUCCGCCCAGCCACCAGCUCCUCCCAGGUCAUCUCUAUCCAGCUGCAGCUCUCCCUGGCCCAGCUCAUCAGUGUGAACGAGCGAGAACAGAUCAUGACCACCAAUGUCUGGCUCAAACAGGUAAGUGCCCCACAGGGUCCCCAGCCCAGGAGGCAUUUUCUCCAGGGCUGCCCCUUGGCGGCGAGGGACCUACAAGUGACAGGGCCUUGCCUGUCUGCUCAGGAGUGGACGGACUACCGCCUGGCCUGGAACAGCUCCCGCUAUGAGGGUGUGAACAUCUUAAGGAUCCCUGCAAAGCGCGUCUGGCUGCCUGACAUCGUGCUUUACAACAACGCUGAUGGGACCUACGAGGUGUCUCUCUACACCAAUGUGUUGGUCCGCUCCAAUGGCAGCAUCCUGUGGCUGCCCCCUGCCAUCUACAAGAGCGCCUGCAAGAUCGAGGUGAAGCACUUCCCCUUCGACCAGCAGAACUGCACCCUCAAGUUCCGCUCCUGGACCUACGACCACACGGAGAUCGACAUGGUCCUCAAGUCACCCAAGGCCAGCAUGGAUGACUUUACCCCCAGUGGUGAAUGGGACAUAGUGGCCCUCCCUGGGCGAAGGACAGUGAACCCGCAGGACCCCAGCUACGUGGAUGUGACUUACGACUUCAUCAUCAAGCGCAAGCCGCUCUUCUACACCAUCAACCUCAUCAUCCCAUGCGUGCUCAUCACCUCGCUGGCCAUCCUCGUCUUCUACCUGCCGUCGGACUGUGGCGAGAAGAUGACGCUGUGCAUUUCCGUGCUGCUGGCGCUCACCGUCUUCCUGCUGCUCAUCUCCAAGAUUGUGCCGCCCACCUCCCUCGAUGUGCCGCUCAUCGGCAAAUACCUCAUGUUCACCAUGGUGCUGGUCACCUUCUCCAUCGUCACCAGCGUCUGCGUGCUCAACGUGCACCACCGCUCGCCCAGCACGCACACCAUGGCACCCUGGGUCAAGCGCUGCUUCCUCCACAAGUUGCCCACCUUCCUCUUCAUGAAGCGCCCUGAUGGCAGCCCCUCCAGGGCCCCCCAGCCCAGCCAGGCUCGCCUGAUCAAGUCCGAGGCAGCCGCCACUGCCUCUGCCCUGGGCCCCGCCAGCUCCUCCAACCUCUACGGGAAUUCCAUGUACUUUGUGAAUCCUGCCUCUGCAGCGCCCAAGUCUCCAGCCGGCUCCGAUGUGGCAGGUAUCCCCAGGGAUUUCCGACUGAGGUCUUCUGGGAGGUUCCAGCAGGACGUGCAGGAGGCUUUAGAGGGCGUCAGCUUCAUCGCUCAGCACAUGAAGAGUGACGAUCAGGACCAGAGUGUCAUUGAGGACUGGAAGUACGUGGCCAUGGUGGUGGACCGGCUGUUCCUGUGGGUGUUCGUGGUUGUGUGUGUGCUCGGCACCGUGGGGCUCUUCCUACCUCCCCUCUUCCAGACCCACACGCCCUCAGAAGGGUCCUAGGCUGCCCAGCUACUGAGGGUGAGAUGACGUGAGUGGCCAGAUGGACAGUAUGCUGCUUCCCUCUGGGUCACGGCUGAUGAGGCCCUAAAGAAAUGAGUCUACCAGCCAUCAGCCCCAUCAAACAGCCAAGGCUGUGGAGGGGGUGGGAGGUGAGGAUGGGGGCCUGGACCAUCUCCUCUGAAGGCCUUGGAGGAACCCCAGGAAAGCCUCCUCAGGGGAGUCUUUGAACAGCUGAACCUGGCCUCUCUGCCUUCCCUGCAGCGGGCACAGGGGAUAAAGAUGAGCGUAACAGUGGCAUCCCAUGUGCCAGGCAUCUUGUCUGCAUCCCGGCCUACCUCUCACUCCAUCUCCCUCCACUCCUCCUUGUCCAUUAGGUUCCCUGGCCUUUUGGGCCUUCCCGUGCUUCAUGGUCUUCCCAGCUUCAAGCCUCUGCAUUUGCUGUAUGUUCUACCCAAGCUUUCCUCCCCUGAUGCCUCCUGAGCUCUAUCCCAGGGCUGCAUCAUUCAGGGCUCUGCUUCGGUCCAUCAUUUGUCCAAUGUCACCUUCCCCAGAGGCCUUCCCCAGGUACUCAUUCCAAAGCCUUCUCCUCCACAGCCACGUGACCCCGCCCCCCUCCUCCAGCAGCCCUCUGUGCCCGAGAAUCUCAUGUGACAGAGUGUUUACUGUCCACAUUUCAGCACUAGAGUGUGAGCUCCAUGAGAGCAGGGACCUGGCCCUUGGUGUUUGCUGCAGUAUCCCCAGGGCCUAGGACAGAGCUUGGCAUAUAGCAGGUGCUCAAUAAAUGUUUGUUGAAUGAA